ACCUUAGUACAGCAACUAAGAACAAAUAUAACCAAAAUGUUUUCAAAGAUCUUCAUUUUCACGGUCGCUCUGAUGAUGGUCGCUAACGCGUAUGAUCACGCGUAUUCAUCCAAUCACAUCUCUCGUCAUGACGGACAUCACCACGAAGUACAUCAUGAACAUGGCCAUCAUCAUGAUUAUUACACUCAUCCCAAAUACGAGUUCGAGUACAAAGUAGAAGACCACCAUACUGGAGAUAUCAAGUCCCAACACGAGCACCGCGACGGCGACGUUGUGAAGGGAGGAUAUGCUCUGCAUCAGCCUGAUGGUUCUGAAAGACACGUUGAAUAUCACGGUGAUGAUCACAGCGGUUUCCACGCCGACGUGAAAUACAGCACCCAUCACAUCGUGCCUCAUCAUCACCACCAUGAUCAUCAUUACUAAAUAGUGUAACUAAAAUAUAUGAUGUUUCUUUUGUCAAUUUGUUCUGUUGCUUAUAAAAUAUACAAGAAAUAAAAUACGUAUUAAUUA